AUGGUUCCUGGCAGCCUCUUUCACCACACGUGGGCUAAUCUGCUGCGAAUUAGAGUUCUCGCAACUACCCAAUGGUCCGACCAAAAGCGUGAAUAUCUGGCAGUUGGCGAUGCCAAGAAGCCCAGCAAAGCUCAGACGGCGAGUCCAGCAGCCGAGAUCGACAAGCAAUUAGAAGUCGACUAUAGCGCAGGCAAGAUCGAGAAGGUUUGCCAAGAUAUCAAUGAGGAUCCGGAACUGCGAUCCCCGCUCCAACGACUUGCACUUGUCUUUGCCUCUUGGUACACCGAUAAUCUGGAGCUAGCGUAUAAGCAAGAGGCGGAAGAAGCCAAGGACGCAAAAACUAAAAUGGCUAAGGCCAGGAAGAAGGUGGACGCGACAAAGAAAGAGGUGAUAGCUUGUGAAGUGAUUCGCAUCAAGCCCUUUGAGACUAGCAAGAGUACUCUCUACGCCCGCUUCUUCACCACAAAUGGCAAUUAG